AGGCGGCCUCUCGCCAUGGCCAAGUGGCUGAAGAAGUACUUCAGCUUGGGCAACAGCAAGACCAAGAGUUCCCCGCAACCGCCGCGGCCCGACUACCGUGAGCAGCAGUGCCGAGGCGAGCGGCCCUUGCAGCCCCAGGCUGUGCCACAGGCUCCCGCGGCUGCCUCCGAGUCCUGCGGUAAAGCCGCUGCCGCCUGCUUCUCGGCCUUGUCGGGAUCGCUGCCCGACGACAGCGGCAGCACGAGCGACCUCAUCCGCGCCUACCGCGCACAGAAGGAGCGUGACUUUGAGGACCCCUACAAUGGUCCUGGCUCGUCGCUGCGCAAAUUGUGUGCCAUGUGCCACCUGGACUACUGCGGCAGCGGGGAACCAGGUGGGAGCCAGUGCGCCUUUUCCGCCUCGUCCGCGUCGGGCGCCGCGGGCUGCUGCUGUGCCUCCUCCGGCGCGGGCGCCGCCGCGUCCUCGUCCUCGUCCUCUGGCUCCCCGCACCUCUACCGCAGCAGCAGCGAGCGGCGGCCUGCCACCCCGGCCGAAGUGCGCUACAUCUCCCCGAAGCAUCGCCUCAUUAAGGUGGAGAGCGCCGCGGGCUGUGCCGGGGACCCCCCAGGGGCCGCCUGCUCUGGCGGCCGUACCUGGAGCCCGACGGCCUGCGGCGGCAAGAAACUACUCAACAAGUGUGGCGCCUCGGCCGCGGAGGAGAGCGGUGCUGGCAAGAAGGACAAGGUGACCAUCGCUGAUGACUACUCGGAUCCCUUUGAUGCCAAGAAUGAUCUCAAAAGCAAAGCAGGAAAGGGAGAGAGCGCAGGCUACAUGGAGCCCUAUGAGGCCCAGAGGAUCAUGACUGAGUUCCAGAGGCAGGAAAGCGUCCGGUCGCAGCACAAAGGCAUCCAGUUGUACGACACCCCUUAUGAACCCGAGGGCCAAAGCGUGGACUCGGACUCAGAGAGCACGGUCAGCCCCCGGCUCCGGGAGAGCAAGCUGCCCCAGGACGACGACAGGCCCGCCGACGAGUACGAUCAGCCGUGGGAGUGGAACCGGGUCACUAUCCCAGCUCUAGCAGCCCAGUUUAAUGGCAGUGAGAAGCGGCAGUCAUCCCCCUCGCCUUCCCGGGACCGGCGGCGCCAGCUUCGAGCUCCCGGAGGGGGCUUCAAGCCCAUCAAACAUGGGAGCCCUGAGUUCUGUGGGAUCCUGGGAGAGAGAGUGGAUCCCGCUGUGCCACUGGAGAAGCAAAUAUGGUAUCACGGAGCCAUCAGCAGGGGUGACGCUGAGAACCUGCUACGCCUGUGUAAGGAAUGCAGCUACCUUGUCCGGAACAGCCAGACCAGCAGGCACGACUACUCCCUCUCCCUGAAGAGCAACCAGGGCUUCAUGCACAUGAAACUGGCCAAAACCAAAGAGAAAUACGUCCUGGGCCAGAACAGCCCCCCGUUCGACAGUGUCCCGGAGGUCAUCCACUACUACACCACCAGGAAGCUGCCCAUCAAAGGCGCCGAGCACCUGUCCCUGCUCUACCCCGUGGCGGUGCGGACCCUGUGA